GCUCCAGGCCCCGCCAAAAGGAGAAUCCCCCUCCUCUUCUCUGCCUCCGCCGCCGCCGCCGCCGCCGCCUCCUCCUUGGCUGCCCACUCGGCCCGGUGGGGCGCGGCCAGUGCAUGAGGGCAGCGCGAAGAGGAGGAGGAGGAGGAGGCGAGGAGGAGCGGCUCCCUCCCGCCCGGGCCCUGGCAGCCCCUGCCGCCGCCGCCGCCGCCGCCGCCUCCUCCUCCGCCGGGUUUCGGGGCCCCGGAGGCUGAGGCCGGCGCUGGGCGCCCGGGACAUGCGGCCUCGCCCAGGAGGAGGAGGAGGAGGAGGAGGGGGAGGAAGGCCAGGCCCAGGAGGAGGAGGAGGAGAGGGAGAGGGGGGACAUGAGGCUCCGCAAUGGCACCUUCCUCACGCUGCUGCUGGGCUGCCUCUGCGCCCUCUUCUCGCUCUCCUGGUACGGCGCCUUCGGGGGCCACAAAGGUGAUGUUGUGGAUAUCUAUCAGCGAGAGUUCCUCGCACUGAGAGACCGCUUGCAUGCUGCAGAACAGGAGAGCCUCAAGCGGUCCAAGGAGCUGAACCUCGUCCUAGAUGAAAUAAAGCGAGCUAUCUCUGAGAAACAAGCCCUGCGGGAUAUAAACCGGACAUGGAGCAGCUUAUCUGAUGAAACAAAAUUAAAAUUGUGGAAUAUCACUAACAAGAAUGUGCUGCACCUCCCCACCAUUUUUCAUCAUUUGCCACAUUUGCUGUCAAAGGAAAACAGCCUGCAGCCGGCUGUGCACGUUGGACAAGGGCGUACUGGAGUAUCCAUAGUCAUGGGGAUCCCUAGUGUCAAGCGGGAAGUGCAUUCCUACCUGACAGAUACUCUCAACUCUUUGAUCUCGGAGCUCAACCAACAGGAGAAGGAAGACUGUGUCAUAGUUGUCCUGAUUGCUGAGACCGACCCUCAGUAUACAACAGUAGUAGCGGAAAAUAUCAAAAGCCUGUUCCCCAAUGAAAUUCAUUCUGGUCUUCUAGAAGUUAUUUCCCCUUCCCCACAUUUCUACCCAGACUUCUCCCGCCUCCGAGAAUCAUUUGGUGACCCCAAGGAACGAGUCAGGUGGAGGACGAAACAGAACUUAGAUUACUGCUUUUUAAUGAUGUAUGCACAGUCCAAAGGCAUUUAUUAUGUACAGCUGGAAGAUGACAUUGUAGCCAAGCCAAACUAUCUCAGCACAAUGAAGAACUUUGCUCUGCAGCAGCCAUCUGAAGAGUGGAUGAUCUUGGAGUUCUCCCAGCUUGGGUUCAUUGGGAAAAUGUUCAAAUCACUGGAUCUGAGUUUGAUUGUGGAAUUCAUUCUCAUGUUCUAUAAGGACAAGCCCAUUGAUUGGCUCCUCGACCAUAUUCUCUGGGUGAAAGUCUGCAACCCAGAGAAAGAUGCAAAACAUUGUGACAGACAGAAGGCAAACCUGAGGAUCCGCUUCAAGCCGUCACUCUUCCAGCAUGUAGGAACACACUCCUCCCUCGCUGGCAAAAUCCAGAAGCUAAAAGACAAAGAUUUUGGGAAACAAGCUCUUCGUAAAGAACAUGUCAAUCCUCCUGCCGAAGUGAGCACCAGUCUGAAAACCUACCAGCACUUCUCCUUGGAGAAAGCCUAUUUAAGAGAAGAUUUCUUCUGGGCAUUUACGCCCACAGCGGGUGACUUCAUACGCUUUCGCUUCUUUAAGCCACUCCGCAUUGAACGGUUUUUCUUCCGCAGUGGCAACAUUGAGCACCCUGAAGACAAACUCUUCAACACUACAGUGGAAGUCUUACCCUUUGAUAGUCUCCAGUCAGAUAAGGAAGCCCUGCAGGAGGGGAGAGCAACGGCAUUCAAGUACCACAGGACAUCUGACGGCUACAUACAGAUAGGCUCCUUUUCCAAAGGCAUCGCUGAAGGAGAAGUGGACCCCUCCUUUGGUCCUUUGGAAGCAAUACGACUGACCAUCCAAACUGACUCGCCUGUAUGGAUCAUCUUGAGUGAGAUAUUCCUGAAGAAAGCCGAUUGAGCUUGAAGAUACAAGGAACGAUGCACACACAGUGUCGCUAUCGGCUCUUCUCCUUUUCUUCCUCUCUUCUGUGAAACUGCAGACGUGGCAGAAUACGGGGAGCUGACUCCUAGGCAAAGGUGCUUCCAAAGGGCACCUGGCUGCUCUACGCAGAGGAAGAAGCAGCAGGCAGUGAAACUUGGCAGGGCCUUGGAGUUUCCUGACCACAUUUCCUAGGAGAAGAGAAAGAUUUCUCUUUCCACGUGCAGGUGCUGGACUGAACUACACAACAGCAGCACCAGGGCUGGCCUGCUGUGCGCCUGGCUGCCUUUGCAGCUGUAAGAAGAGAAGCAUGGAGAUGAAUGUUCUGUGUAAAAGAUUUGUUUCUUUAGUCCCUUGAGCAAGGACCACAGGACUCACAGGCCUCUCCCCUUGCCCCUCCUCGGUAUUGAUGCCUGAAUGUAUCACCCAAGGGUGCAUUUAGAAAUAUGGGUUUAAGGAAGGCGAAGGUCAGCGUGACUAUCAAGCUCUCACAAGCCGGUGGCGAAGCCUUGAGGAGUGUGGUGGGAAGCGGCUGCCCCUUCUGUAAGUAAAAAGCAGUUGCUCCAGGCCCCUCCUGAGGAUUACACAUGCUGUCAGGUAACCAAUCAGAGGUGGGGUGUAGGAAGAAAGGGGGUGAGAGGUGGAGGCGACAGAAUGGCAGGGAAACAAUAAUAAUGCCACACUGUGCCUGCCAGGGUGGUACAUGCCCCCAUCACACAAUACAGCUCAUGUCGAAGUCACCAGUGUCUUCAUGCCUUGAGGAGGAGUGCAGAGUCCAUCCUUUUAAAUCCAUAUCUCUGUUAUUUACUGGUUGGUGUGAGUUUUGAAGAAAAAACAAACAAACAUGUAGGCCAGUUCUCAAAUGGUAGGGAUUAGAGUGUAAUUUUUAAAAACGCAAAAACAAAAACCCAUGUCUCUAGCGAUACACUGGAAUGCAUUAUACUACUUUAAUGUGAUGUAUUUUUUAUUAUUGGAUACAUUUGAUUUUUUUCCAAGUAUAUCUAUAUAAAAUAUAUAUAUAUUAAAAUGUGCACUGUAAAAUUUUAAUUCCAUUUAA